AUGCGACCUGAGCGACUUGACUCGCGAGCCGGUAAAAUACCAGCUGGCGUCCGGGGGGUAAGAUGGAACGGCGCCAGCUACCAAAUGCCGGACUAUUCAGGUCGAGGGGAGCCUUGUCCAGGCGUUGAGAGCAGCGUGCUCCAAGACGCUGAUGUCCGAAAAAUCGCUGCUGUUGCUGGCGGUGCAUCAGAUGCUGAAAGGGUUCGGGAAUGGAUCCCACACAGCCGUAGCGACUUUCCAACCGGCCUGACAAGCACUCUGGCGUAA